AUCACGUGACAUGCGAGUGAUCAACAACAACAGUCGGCAGCUGACAAGUUGAUAAGAGGAGAGUUUAAAAGUGACAGAAGAGAGGAUGGUUUCACCAAUCCGCCGACGCGCUAACUCACGUAUUUGUGAGGUUUGACCUGAAGCUCUGAGACUCUGAGGUUUUUUGUGUUCGCUGAGUUUUCUGAGAGGAGAAAAUGAGCAUUAAUGGAAACGCAAACGCAGACAUUUACCGGGAAUGCAUCGCCGGGGACACAGAGAGCAACGAAACUACUCCUUUAUUAUCAAAUGGAACAGUGCAGAGCAGAGCCAAAGGAGCUUCCUCCGCCUUAUGUGUGUUUAACCUGAUGAAUGCCAUCAUGGGAAGUGGUAUACUUGGUCUAGCUUAUGCUAUGGCGAGUACUGGCAUAGUUGGUUUCUGUAUCCUGCUGGUACUGGUGUCUAGCCUGGCAGCAUACUCUAUACAUCUCCUUCUGAAGCUAUGUGACCAUACAGGUAUCAAUUCAUAUGAAGACCUUGGAGGACGAGCCUUGCAAAAACCAGGAAAAGUUCUGGUUGGAAUUGUUAUUGUUAUCCAAAAUAUUGGUGCCAUGUCAUCCUACUUGUUCAUCUUGAAGUCGGAGCUUCCUGCAGCCAUCAACAGCUUCCUGAGCCCAGACAACCCAGGAGGUGCCUGGUAUGAAGAUGGCAGGUUGCUUCUGAUCGUUAUCACACUAUGUAUUGUUCUACCUCUGUCAAUAUUGCCUAAGAUUGGCUUCCUGGGCUACACCAGUAGCCUCGCCUUCUUCUUCAUGCUGUACUUUACAGUUGUGGUUGUGGUGAAGAAAUGGUCCAUCCCCUGCCCGCUGCCACACAAUGUAACUACAUUUUCAGAUGAUUUCCAGAUAUCAAAUUCCUCUGACUCAGAAUGUACGCCCAAACUCUUUGUCAUCUCCAGUAAGAGUGCCUACAGCAUCCCCACCAUGGCCUUCUCCUUUCUGUGCCACACAGCUAUCCUGCCAAUCUACUGCGAACUGGACCGACCGUCUAAGACCAAGAUGCAGAACGUUACAAAUGUCAGCAUUAGCCUCAGCUUCCUGCUGUACCUCAUUUCUGCGUUGUUUGGCUAUCUCACCUUCUACGCUCACGUGAACUCUGAGCUGCUGCUCGGCUACGAUGCGUACAUGCCGCGGGACAUCAUGGUGAUUAUGGUUCGGCUGGCCAUCCUGGUGUCUGUGUUACUGACUGUGCCACUCAUCCACUUCCCUGCUCGUAAGGCUGUGAUCUUGCUGCUGUGUGGAAGUCGGCCCUUCUCAUGGCUGAUCCACGUCACAGCAACUCUAAUAAUCCUGGGCGUGGUGCUGAUGCUGGCCAUCUUUGUCCCUGAUAUAAGAAACGUGUUUGGAAUAGUCGGAUCGACGACGUCCAGCUGCCUCUUGUUUGUCUUCCCCGGCAUCUUCUACCUCAAGAUCAGCAGGCAGCCACUCAAAACUUUUGACUCCAUCGGGGCGAUGGUUCUGGUGGUCCUUGGUUUGAUUAUGGGAAUCAUCAGCUUCUCUGUCAUCGUCAUCACAUGGGCGCAAAGCUCCUAGCACCCCCCCCCCCCCCCCCCCCCCCCCCCUCCCUGUCUGCUUUCCAAAAUCAAGCACAAGAGCAAAUAAGGGGAAAACAUGCCAAAGAAACUGAAUAUUGGAUGAAGUAAGGGAACAAACAGAUGCUAAUCAGCAUCACCUCAGGCAGAUUAUUUGUAGUAAAGCUGUUCUCAGUAUUAGACAUGAGACAGAUGGGGUUUUUUUGUACUGUGUUACUGACAAACAUGGACCAAACUCAGCACAUACGAGCAAAACAAGACUUCCAGUCAUUUUUACACAUCUUUACCCAAUUUUAGGGUGAUGAUUUGCAACGUCUGAAAGUUUGCAAAUGCCUAUCAGUCCUUGUUUGUUUUUAAUCUGCAUGGAACAACUGAUGGGUGAAGUGUCAGAACAACACAAGAGGUGUCGAGCAUUUCCAUUACCUUCCUAUUUAUUUAAAGUAACAUUUGUUUUGUUUUUUUCUCCGUUCCCAUUUUAACUUUCAGCCAUAGUAUUGUUCUGUGUAAACCAAAAGUCUUCCACAAGUAUUUAAAAAAAACAACUGUUGACCAAGUCUGAACCAUAAAUGUGUCAGGUUUACUGCUUUCUCUAAUUUUGUUUAUGGCACAUUUUCAAUAUUACAUACACAGUGACUAACUUUCACUCCAUGAUGUAAGGGAUUUUAGUUUAUUCACUUUGUUUUUGUUUUUUUUUCUUUUUAAGCUUCUUGUUUUUAUCCUUUAAUUAAGCAUUGAUUUAUUUGUCACUUACAGUCCAAACCACAUGUAUAAAAGUUUCUGCUGCUGCUUCUGUGACAAAAACAGAAACUCAGUUUUUCUUUUGGGCCACUUAAUUACAGUGUGGCAAUAAUGUAAAAAUAAUUCAUAUUAUUCUUCAAAUUAAAUACAUUGUUUAUGUCCUACUGUCAGUUUGCUCAUUAAACGACCAAAUGUCUUUA